UAAGCAUGAAGCAUGGCUCUACCUGAUACUUUAAACUUUAAUACCAUUUGUUGAGACUGGGGAGUAACCCAAUCAGCAUGAAGUUUCAUGUUGAUGCGCGUGAACAAAUUCCUACUGUAGGUUGUUUCAUGUUGAUGCGUGUGAACAAAUUCCUACAGUUGGUUAUUAGGUGCACUAUCAUUACGGGAAAAUGCUGCCUUGAUAGUGUGUGUGAUGAAAGCAACGCUUAGUUUUCCUUGUACAAAAAAAUAAAUGAAUUGAGUCACCUUCUAAAUAAGUGAAUGAGUUUUUUUAUCUCCCUCUAAAUAAUUGGCAGAGAGAAGAGGAAAGUGGUAGUACGAGGCACCAAUGGGUGGAAGCAUAGCUGAAUUUGUCUUUUCUCUAUCACUUGACAUUACAAAAAUAUUAUAGUCAAACAAUGCAAAAAACGUCAACUUCUUAUAUAAUCGUUUGUUUAUGACAUAGAAAUAACACUGAAUUGCGCACUUUCGCAUUCCAAAGCAGGAUAUUAAUUGCAUGUACAAUGCCAAAAAAUUGACUUGUAGGAGGAUAUUUGUAAUCUUAGCAAUAUCUUUGUAAUCUUUGCAAGAUAUGAAUGUUAUAUUUCUAUCGUUGUCGGUCGAUUUGGAAAAUAUUUGAUUUGGAAAAAAAUUACGUAAUUCAAAGUUUAUCGUUGCGUACCUGUGAAAAAGGCAAAAACUAAGUUUGGGGAUGUACUCAAAAGUCUUGCUUAUGGCGUAUGUGUAGCAUUCUAGAGUUGGAAAAACACAAAACGACAUCCUAUUUCAAUUAAUGGCCAAACUUUUCUUGUAUAAAUAAGACCUUGUAUUUAAUUUCGAAAUAACCGACUUAAUUUCUGAUUUCCCCCAUCUUUAAUUGCUUUCUUUUUAUAUUCUCGUAGCAUGCAUGCCAUAAAUGCUUUGCUUUUUUAUCCUUACCUCUAUCUUCUUCUCUUCCUCAUAAAACUGGCAUCUUCUGCAACAAAAACAACGACACAGAUGACCCUCACAAUUCCCAUAUCUUUCAACAUGUUUUCCAUGAUCAAUAUUUUGGUCAUCUCGAUGGGACUGAUAUCCCAACCUGCCGAGACAUUAAGUUUUGAACCCCCUCAGAAUAUCUCAGACAGGUUUCGAAACGAUUCGCAGGCCAUUGAUUUAGCCUCCACAGACUAUGGGCAUAUUAUUCAAACAAAAUCAGCAGCAGUAUUCUAUCCAACGUCCAUAGAUGAUAUAAGAAGCCUAAUACUAUUUGCAAACGACAAUUCUAGCCGUAUUGGCAUAGGGGCUAGAGGGCAAGGCCAUUCUGUUCGAGGACAGUGUAUGACUGACAAUGGGGUGGUGGUGAACAUGACGAAUUUGAUGAACCAGCAGAAAACUGGGCUUGCUGGGAUUAUAAUCUCGCAAAGUCCUGCUUUGGGUUCUUACGCUGAUGUUGGAGGUGAGCAGCUUUGGAUUGAUGUGCUCACUGAGACCCUCAAACAUGGCCUUUCUCCAGUGUCAUGGACCGACUACUUGUACUUGAGCGUUGGUGGGACGCUCUCUAACGCUGGUAUUAGCGGCCAAACCUUCCGUUUCGGUCCUCAGAUCAGCAAUGUUUAUGAAUUGGAUGUUAUCACUGGAAAAGGAGAUUUUGUUACGUGUUCCACAGACAAAUCACCUGAGCUGUUUUAUGCUGUUCUUGGAGGUUUAGGCCAGUUUGGGAUAAUAACAAGAGCAAGAAUUGCCCUUCAGCCAGCCCCGAAAAGGGUUAAGUGGGUACGGAUGCUGUACAAUGAUUUCUCUGCAUUCUCACAAGAUCAAGAAAGGUUGAUCUCAAUGAAUGGAAUACAAGAAAAAGAUGGAGCAGAUUAUAUAGAAGGUUUUGUACUAAUGAGGCAGGGUCCUCUUGAUAUUUCCUUUUAUCCUUUAUCCGACCAACCCAAAAUUGUUUCCUUAGUUACUCAAUAUGGAAUAAUCUACUGCAUAGAACUAGUCAAAUAUUACGAUAACAGCACCCAGAAUAGCGUGGACAAGGAUCUUCAAGUUUUGGUGCAAGGGUUAAGAUUUGUUCAUGGAUUUCACUUUGAGAAAGAUGUAGAAUAUAUACGAUUUCUAAAUAGAGUCCAUUAUGAUGAACUGAUACUUCGUAAACAAGGAUUUUGGGAUGUUCCUCAUCCAUGGUUAAAUCUUUUUCUACCAAGAUCGCAAAUCUCCGAUUUCGAUUCUGGCAUUUUCAAAGACAUUUUCCUUAAACAAAGUAUCACUACGGGACUCAUUAUAAUUUACCCCAUGAACAAGAACAAGUGGAAUGAUAAAAUGUCAACAGCGAUACCAGAUGAAGAUAUCUUUUACACUGUAGCUUUUCUCCAUUCAAGUGGAAUUCAAGAUUGGGAAGCAUAUGACGCAGUAAAUAAACAAGUACUAGGAUUUUGUGAGAAGAAUGGCAUAGUGGUAAAGCAGUAUCUUCCCCACUAUGAAACUCAGGGGGAUUGGAUAAAUCAUUUCGGCUCAAAAUGGACAAAUUUUCAGAAGAUGAAAGCUAAUUUCGACCCCAACAAUAUACUCUCACCAGGCCAGCGAAUUUUUAGCUAGUCAUUAAUAUUUUAUGUAUCAGUGUUAUAACUACUUUCUAAAGGUUUAAUUAGAAGAUCAAUUUCUGAUGCAUUUUCUUUCUCAAGAAACUAUAGUA